AGUUGCCGUGUUGAUUUAUUUAAGUUGGUGCUGGGCCCCACUGCACCUGAGGUACUGAUAUAUUUCAUAUUACUGAGUCUUCCAGCAACAAAUGAAGAAUAUGUAUCUGUUCCUCCUUUCCAUUUUAUGUUUACUUUUGAAAGCCACUGGCACCAAAGAGGUUAUAUUUGGGCAUAAUAAUUUCACAGAAUAUCAAGUGGGCAACAUGAACCUGAUUCUCUCUGUCCCACACGGUGGGUCAAUGGAACCCGAAGACAUCCCUGAUCGAGAGGCUGGAUGUUGGGAUGCAAAGUCAUCCUCUUGUGUUUUCUCUCAUGAGUGUCCUUCUGGAAGUAUUCAAAAUUAUAAGACAUGCAAAGUGUCUACCAACCAAGACAGGUAUACUAUAGAGGUGGCUCAGGCUCUUGCUGAAGAAAUCAACAAAAUUACUGAUGGCUUCUUCCCACAUAUUGUUAUAAAUCACCUACAGAGGUUCAAGAUGGAUGCUAACAGGGAAAAGGAAGAAGCCUCCUUUGGAGUUCCCCAAGCAGAACAGGCCUGGGAGGAGUAUAUGGGAUUUUUGACCACUGCAAAAUCGCAGAUGACCGGCGGCUUGAUUCUGGAUAUCCAUGGACAAGCACAUCCUGAACAGUGGAUAGAACUAGGUUACACACUUUCAAAAACCUCCCUUAACUCAGGCGUCUAUUCUGCAUCAUAUUCCUCAAUUAGCCAUCUGGCCAGUCAGGUAGUUAAUGUGUCUUCUGAGACUUUGGUUGCAGGGAACAGAAGUUUGGGUAAAUAUAUUGAAGAGCAAAAUAACAGUUAUGUUUGUGUGCCUUCUCCAUCCAAUCCUAGCCCAAAUAACGGGAGCUAUUAUAGUGGUGGAUACAUAACAAAGAAUUUUGGUUCUCGUAGUUCUGGCACCGUUGAUGCCAUCCAGCUUGAACUACCUCAGUGGGUGAGGGCAGCUGAAGAACGUCCUGGAUUUUGUAAAGCACUGGCAAAGGCUGUAAUGAAAUUCUGGGAAGCUAACUACUGCAGCCAGUACAACCAUGAAUUUCUGCCAUGCUGA